AUGAACGUAAAUGAUAAAAAUAUGUUAUGGGAAUCCAUUAAUAUUCCCAAAAAAUAUAAUGAACAACUUCCAGUGUCUUUGGCCAAAAAAAGAGACCUUAUGAACCUCAUCAAAAAAGGAGUUAUCCCUCAAGACUACUUUUCCUUCUUCGACAAUUUACCAUCAGCUAAUGGAAUUAGAGACCAAGCAUUAUGGAAUUUAGACGACGAGCAAGAAACUUUGGACGAACAUUAA